CCCCGGCUUCCAAUAAAACCUGCGACACCCUCCCCUCUUCCUUCUAAAACCCCACACAAAAAAAAUAGAAAAUCCUUCAAAAAACCCUUCCUGUUAACCACUCAAAAAAAAAAACUUUUUUGAAACCUCAAGUCGCCCUUUUCUCCCUCCCUAUCGCCCCUCGUUCUCUUUCCAAUCCUUUUGUUUCACGAGACCCCACCAUCACUCCUCACCACACCACAUUUCGCUGGGAAAGCGUGACUUGAGGCCCCUGACCCCGUACUUUAUUCUUGUCUAUACAGGGAAAAGAAAGGAAUUACAAACAUAUUAAAUUAGCUUGCGAGUAUCUUUGUUGCGCAACAGCGAGGGAAACCACCCAAAAAAACAAACAAACACAAUUCCUUAACCGAUUUUAGGUUAUCUACGCAUAGUUUUCAAAGCUUGCUCUCAUAACAAUGUCUGCCGAAGUUUCUUCAUCCCCAGCUCCCCAGGAGCAAAUCGAGCAGCCCAUCAACGGGUCUUCUCCCGCCCAGGAUCCCACUUCCGAUAGCGAUGCUAAUAACUCAUCCGUGGCUGCUCCACACAGCGCCCCCCACAACUCCCACACUUCCGCCUCCCUUUACGUCGGGGAGCUUGAGCCGUCUGUGACUGAGGCAAUGCUCUUUGAGUUGUUUUCCACUAUUGGAAACGUUGCAUCGAUUCGUGUUUGCCGUGAUGCAGUUACCCGCCGUUCUCUCGGAUAUUCUUACGUUAACUACAACAAUACCGCUGAUGGUGAACGUGCCCUUGAGGAGCUUAAUUAUACUUUGAUCAAAGGCCGUCCUUGCCGCAUUAUGUGGUCGCAGCGUGAUCCUGCUCUCCGUAAGACUGGGCAAGGCAAUGUUUUCAUCAAGAAUCUCGAUACUGCCAUUGACAAUAAGGCUCUUCAUGAUACCUUUGCUGCUUUCGGUAAUAUCCUUUCCUGUAAGGUUGCCCAGGAUGAGUUUAGCAACUCCCGCGGAUACGGGUUUGUCCACUACGAGACUGCUGAGGCUGCCAAUAAUGCAAUUAAGCAUGUCAAUGGUAUGCUUCUAAACGAGAAGAAAGUAUUUGUCGGGCAUCAUAUCCCUAAGAAGGAUCGUCAGAGCAAGUUUGAUGAAAUGAAGGCCAACUUUACAAACGUUUACGUUAAGAAUAUCGAUCCCGAGGUCACGGAUGAGGAAUUUAGAACUAUGUUUGAGAACUAUGGUCCUAUCACUUCCGCUAGCCUUUCCAGGGACCAAGAUGGCGUUAGUAGAGGAUUUGGAUUUGUUAAUUUCCAAGAGCAUCAGCAUGCCGCCAAGGCUGUCGAAGAGCUCCAUGAGAGUGAGCUUAAGGGUCAGACUCUUUAUCCGCUAGAGUUGAGAAAGCUAGCAAGUACCAGGGUGUCAAUUUGUACAUCAAGAAUCUCGAUGACGAGAUCGACGACGAGCGUCUCCGCCAGGAGUUUGCCCCGUAUGGAACUAUCACUUCCGCCAAGGUUAUGCGUGAUGAGCUUGGUAAGAGUAAGGGAUUUGGUUUUGUCUGCUUCUCUAGCCCGGAGGAAGCUAGCAAGGCCGUGA